ACAAUGUUGUACUUUAAUGUGGAUUUUAUGAGAACACAUUUUUACUAUGAUCUAAUUUGGGAGAGACCCUCACCGCUGGCACAAAAUGAUGCUUAAGACGUAUAAAUUAGGUCAUAGACUGGAGGGGGUCUUCAUUGUGCCACUCUGACAGAGCGCACUGCGCUUAUGACUCUCGGAGGGCUCUCAAAGUUGGAAAAAGUAUGGAAUUCCCUAUUGACGCAGACUAACAGUGCCUAAAAAAGAAGAAAAAGAAGAAUUAGACUUCAGACAAACAUCGGUCCAAUUCAGGACGAAUAUGCUUUUUUAGGGACUCGUGUAUUUUACGACAAAAUAUUUUUGAGAAAUAUGACUAUUGAAAAUGUUCAGUCGGCAUAAUGAUAAAUGUAAUGUGAAACUAACAACAUUUUUUUUCUCAAUUAUCUUGCUGAGAUGUCAAUGACUAUUGUUUGCUGGUCUAGGGAGUCGCUCCGCCCCUCAUGUUUGUCGUAAAUCUGGCGCCUGGCUACAAUAAACCUGAGAUAAGAGUGGCCAGGGCUCGCCUCCUUCUCCAAGGCGAUCAAUCGGAUCUCAGGCAUACUACAAGCACUCUCUUACGUCGACGUCCACGAGAACAGAGCUGAUACAACAACACGGCUGAGCUCCACCACCAAAAAAUCUAUCUGCUUUCUGAACCAUGUCGCUGAGCCCAAAGCACACGACACCUUUUUCAGUGACAGAUAUUUUGAGCCCAAUUGAGGAGACUUACAAGAAGUUUAGUGGCAUGGAGAGCACUGGAAACCUCACAUCUCCUUUGGGAGCGUACCGGCAACCUCAGGUGUCCCAGACUGGCAUGCAGCAACACUCUAUGGGCCACAACGCCACCACUAUGGCGACCACCUACCAUAUGCCACACUCCGUUUCCCAGUUCUCGCAUAGUGCAAUGGGGGGCUACUGCAAUGGCAGUAUUGCCAACAUGGGGGACCUACCCUCUUACCAAGAGACUAUGAGAAACAGCGCAGCAGCAACAGGGUGGUACGGCGCCAACCCCGACCCUAGAUACUCAACAAUUUCUAGAUUCAUGGGACCUUCCACAGGUAUGAACAUGGCAGGAAUGGGCACGCUAGGCAUGGCCGACACCACCAAAUCCAUCCCACCUCUGCACGCAGCCCCAAGGAGGAAACGACGGGUGCUCUUCUCUCAAGCACAAGUCUACGAGCUGGAAAGGAGAUUUAAGCAACAGAAAUAUCUUUCAGCGCCCGAAAGGGAACACCUGGCUAGUAUGAUACAUCUAACCCCAACGCAGGUCAAGAUCUGGUUUCAGAAUCAUCGUUACAAGAUGAAACGACAGGCCAAGGACAAGGCAGCACAGCAGCUUCAACAAGAGGGCAACCUGUGUCAACAGCAGCAGUCGCCGAGGAGAGUGGCUGUCCCUGUCCUAGUGAAGGAUGGCAAGCCUUGCCAGAACGGCUCCAACACACCGACGCCAAACCAACAGCAAAUGCAGCAGCAGCAAAACGGUUCCGGGGUCGUGCUUGCUACCUCGAGUAAUUCUAUGAACCAACACCAAACCCAGCAGGUCAACGCAAUGGUUCAGGCCCAAGACCUGGAGGAAAUGUCUCCCAGUCCCCCGUCACUUCACUCGCAGAUGAACAAUAUGGGACAGAUAGACACUUCUGUAGAUUACACGAAUAACAUGGUCACGUCAAACCUGCUUUAUGGCAGAACGUGGUAAGACCGACCACCUUUUCUUUUCAUCUUUUUCCACAAACUUUAGCGCCCUCUGAAUUCAGAACUGAGGCGCGUGAGGCCGGAGCAGACCGAGCAUCCGCGUGACGAUUUAAAGCGGGUGAUCGGAUCAGAGGAGCACGUUUUGGGUGGAAAUUUACCACUUUUUUUUUUUUUUUUUUCUAAAAACAGACUUGUGGUCACAAUUUUAUACAAUGACCCUUCUACUCAGUAUGAACAAAAUAACAAUUUCUUGUCUCACGCUGUAUGUUUUUGGACUUUUGUUGUUCUAGUAGAAGGUUGUCAGUUGUUAAACUAAAUUGCUGCUCCACACAUCUAUGGCAAUGCCAGGACACGGGAAGCAAUGUUUCAUAUUUCAGGUAUGAACUCCUAGCAAGACCUGGAAAAGUUCCCAGAUCUUAAUAAAUGCCUGAACGUGCAACUGAAGCACCUGUUGUAAAAACUAAUGUAUUCAUUUAGAGAAAUGAAAAGUAGGGACUGUAUAUUAUUUGGCUAACACUUAAGUUUCUUUUUACCUGUAAUAUAAAUGUUUGAGGUUUUUUUUCGUUGGUCAUUUAUUCUAUUCUUUUUUUUUUCUUUUUUUCUUUUUGGUAAAUUAAAACAAAGACACAAAGACGAUGGCUGCUGUAUAUGUUUCAAACCAAUUGAACGUUAACAAUAAAUCAAUUAAAAUGCA